CCAUUUUCAUAAACAUAUUAAAGAAUAGUUAUAAUUCAACUCCAACGCAAACAAUUUAUGGUUUUUACCAAAUAAUUAAAGUACGUCUAUUGUUGUUACCAAUGGAGUCAGCGCUUCUUAAUUACAAUCGUGUGUCUUGCGCGUCUGCUGCAGCUACGCCAAACGUAACACCUAUUAAACCACGUUUGGGAAGAUUUGUGGAUUUUUAUUCUCCGGAACAUUUAAAUAUAACUCCUAAAACUAAACCUCGGUUUGUAGCUGCAAUAACAAAUGAAAAUCGAAGAUUUUCUACACCUGAAAAGUGUUUGGAUAUUGAUAAUAGAUGCAGGACCGUCAAAGCACAAAAGAAAUAUCAAAAUGUUUGGAGUAACUGCUCAUUUGAGGGCAAUCAAAGUUUUCCAAGACUAAAACACCAUAUUAGAUCCAUAAAAAUGGAUUUGGAAACACCAACAAAAGUUAAAACAUCUGUUGAUUUAGUUAGAGUUGAUGGGCCCAAUGGCCUACGUUUUAAUACAUCAUUAGCGUCAGGAGAUGUAACCAGCUCACCAGCACAGUCUCAAACUGACCGGCUACAGCAACAUAUAACUAAUAAAGCCGUCUUUACAAUUGAGCCUAAUACAUCAAAGAUUCUUAUUGUAAACAACAAGGCAUGCUCACUUCUAGGAUAUUCUUCUGGUGAACUUUGUGAUCUGUGUUUCUCUGACUUACUACACAAUAGGUCAAAUCAAAAAAAGUUCAGUUUACAUGCAGAAGAUGGAGACACUUCUGAAGAUGGUACAGCGGUGUUGCUAGGUGGUAAAGUAGUGGAAUUACUUUCAAAAGAUGGAACUGCAAUACAAGUAUCACUUUGGAUCCGACAGUUGGAUGCUGAUGGCCCAUGUUUGGUUGUUGCAGAGCCUGUCAGCUGCAAAAAUGUUUUGUUCACCAUAGACGCAGACACUGGGACAAUAAUAAGUUGUGUAGGCGCUGAUGCAGGACUUUUGUUCCAAGCGGAGUCGUGUGAGAAGCUCGUGGGAUUGCCUAUAGGUUCUCUCAUUCCUUCAAUACAGUUGCCGCCUUAUGAUCUUGCUAUACCUAAGGCAUUGGCCAAGCAGAAGGCUACUGGUAGGACAUUAGAUGGAUGUUCGUUUCCUCUUUGCCUUUGGAUUUCUAAAACAGACAGUAUGAAGCCAAAAGAUCGACCUAUAUUUGAAGUUAAUGUUAGGGUUACAUACAACGUAAGUGGACUUCUAGUGGUGGACGAGUCCGGUAUAAUAACGGCUUGCAACCAGCAUUUUGCACAAUUGACAUUCGGAAAAUCGCUAUCGGAAGUAAUCGGACAUCAUAUUGAAGAUGUCAUACAGAACUUUUGUAGGGAAUGCGAUUUGAUCAAGAUUCAAGAUACAAAUAGGAAUAUGACCCUGUCUCCUGUGAAUAAUGAUGAUGGCUCGGGCUCAGACACAGACGAUGAUUCAUGUGGAGCAUUUAAUGGAAGCCAGAAAUCCGCCUGCAUGUCACUAAACGUACAACCGUCACUUCUUUCUACCAAUAGAGAAAAAUCCUCCAGCGCUCUCUGUCUUGACAAAUCCAGCAGUUUAAUCACACACACCCCAACACCCACACAAGACAUGGUCUCAAGCCUGAGUACCACAGAACAACGAAAUGACACUUCAGCGCUGCCUGACGUCACUUCCGGCAUGUCCGGUAUGUCAAUCGAGGAUGAGAACUACUCCCACUCGAUUUCAAAAUCGCGAUCGGAAAAUAUACUCCGGUCGGAGCAUAAUGUGAAAACGGGAAAGGCUUCGGAAAAAUCCGAUUCGAUCUACUACACAUCUCAGCAUUCGCAGGAAGUCACGCCUACCGGUACAUCACCCAGGAUAAGAAAUGAUCAAUUUAGAUUGUCGUUUGACACCAAAAAGAAGUCCGGGAAGGAAGACAGGAGCAGUAUCUCAAUUGACUUUUGUGACUCCAAUGAAACUAGUGCGGACUUUUUGACGCCGAUUAAUGAGAUGCCGCCAUCUGGUUGUGAGAUUGAAGAACUUCCGCGCCAUAAUGGAACCGAAAGCGUUGAUAGCCUGAGCAAUGAUAUCGAUCUUGAGACGCAGACGGAAUCAGCGCCAAGGAAGAAAUUUGAAGAGGAACCUCCCGGUUCUCCGUGCGUUGUGAAGCGUGCAGUACGUAGUCACGUGACAACGUCUACGCCCACGCACUCGCGACACAACAGGCCCGAAUAUGAAACUGAUUAUAGACACAAGGAUGGGACCUAUAAGGGCGUUGUAUUGCACAAGGACGGUACGGAAUUAGGUGUAGUAUACACAGUUUCAAGUCUGCAGUUGGCAAGUGGAAGGAGCGUUUGUUGCGUAUGGCUGGGCGUAAGACGAGAAGAUGCGCCACGACACGCGACACUCGCGUCCAGUCUUAACUCUACGGCGGAUAACUCGCUCGUUCUUGGCAACAAAUCUGCAAGCAGUAGGCCUCACUCGAUGUCUCUGAUGAGUCAAUGCGGUGAGGAACAAGUGGCCGGAGAGUACAGCAAACAUUAUGUGACACUCAAACAAAUUGGUAAAGGUGCGUACGGGUGCGUCAAAAUGGCAUAUCGUAGAUCCGAUCGACUUCUAGCAGUUGCCAAAUUUAUACUUAAAGAGAAAGUGGGCGCUCAAUUUUGGGUCGAUGGGCCAGAUGGGAGGAAGGUUCCAUUGGAGCUGAGUCUGCUAAUGACCCUGAAACAUCCUAAUAUAGUAAGCGUUAUAGAUAUGUACGAGAAUGAUAAAUACUUUCAAAUGGUGAUGGAGAAACAUGGGGCUGGUAUGGACUUAUUUGAGUUCAUCGAGAGAAGACCAAGACUUGAUGAGCCGCUGCUGUCUUAUAUAUUUCGACAGAUCGGCCAAGCAGUAGAAUACCUACAUUCAUUAAACAUCCUACACCGAGAUAUAAAAGACGAGAACGUGAUCAUAGACAACAAGUUCCAUGUGAAGCUCAUAGACUUCGGCUCAGCAACAUUCAUGAGCAAAGACACUCUAUUCUCUACGUUCUAUGGAACCACAGAGUAUUGUAGCCCGGAGGUGUUAGCUGGGAAUAAGUAUGCAGGCCCCGAGUUGGAGAUGUGGUCAAUGGGAAUAACUUUAUACGUAUUGACGUUCUUCGUUAACCCCUUCUCUGACAUUGAGGACACCAUACAGGGACCAUUAUCAUUUCCGCAAAUUGUAUCUGAUGAUCUGGAACACCUGCUCAGAUGGAUGCUGUGCAAGGAGCCAUCCCAGCGCUGCACAGUGCCACAGUUGAUGUCUCACGCCUGGAUCAGACAACCAGUCAAUAUCUCGCUGUAUAUCUUCCAUGAAAUUGUGGACUGUGAUCGUCACGAAGCGAACCCAGAGAUGUAUUUCAGCGGAAGUUUGUCGCCUCGAAGCGGGUCUCCUGUUUCUUUAGCUCUGGAUCCGCUUGUAAAAGAACGCUCAAAUCCAUCUGAAGUCGCCGCGCGAUCGGAGAGUAAGAAUAUCUCAAAAGACGAGCGAAAACGACACGACCCACAUUCUGAAAACUACAGUUUACGUUCUUCUGCUGAUAUCCUCGACAUAUCGUCAAAACCAGUAUCGGAAGCGGCUUUAACCGAUAUAAGUUCAGACGCGACGGGACACGCGGCCUGUGACAUAGACUAUGACUGCGAACACUACGAUUGUGACAGUUGGGAUGAAUGUGAACCUGACAGUUUUUCAUAAACUUAAAGACAAUGGACAUUCUCAUAUAGGCACCGCGGUUUUGAAUGGAUUUAAUUUUCAUAGGUUUUUAAGGGUACCUCAAAGAAUUCUCUAAAGAGGUUUAUGGUUUGACAACUGACAGAUAAUGAUCUGUCAUUUACAGCUCGUUCUAUUCUUAAACUAGUGUAUUGUCAGUGUUAACUGUAAGAUGUUUCUACAAAUCUAUGUUCGAACUUGACAAAGGUUGGCGAUGUAUUGAAAAUAUUUUUGACACAAUCCUUCAAGAUUUAGAUAUCUCACAGAUAAACAUUAAACACAUAUGUAUUAAUAUGUAUGUCUUAUCCAAAAAUCCGCUGAAUUAUUUAGCAAUCUCAUUCUCCAAAUAUCUGUAUGGACAUCCAAGAAUUAGUUUCGCAACAUUUUGAAAACUUCGCACUUAAUAUAAGAAAUCGUUUCUGGCAAACGUGUUGUAUGUGAUAUAAUUUAUGUUUAAAUAAUUGUAAAUACUAAAAGUAAAUAAUUUUUUAAUUAUUUGUAGCUCUGUAGUUGGUAGCUUUUUCUCGAACUAUAAUAUAAAAUGAUCUCCUAAAUACACGAUAAGAUACCCAAUGUAGUAAUGUAUUUAAGUCAUAUACUUAAAUACAUUACUUCUAUGUGACAUAUUAAAAAUAUCUAAAAUUUUUACACUAACAAGAAAAUCCUAGACUUGGAAUUGAAUUAAUUCACAGAAAACGGUAGUUAUAUAAUCGCGAUCUUAUGACUAUUAUAAAUUAUAAAAUGGACACAACGGUUACUCUUGCACGUAUUUUUUUUUUAAUUUCACACAUACGUCUCAAUUUUAAUCUUGCUAAUAAAAAUUAUCUAUAAAGCUUUGCGCUCAAGUAAAAUGAAUCCAAAUCUCAAGUUUACGUUCUAGUCUAGAGAAAAUGGCGCGAAAUUGUUUAACUUAUUUGUGUACGUGUCUGGUAAACGUUUUAUCUUACGUCCAGGUAUUACUUGUAAUUUCUACAUACAGCCAAAAUCAAAAAUCAUAUAGGUAACACAGUGUUGUACACUUAGGAACUUCAAAAAAAAAUAGACGUUAAAUGCUUCUAAUUUCACAUUUAAUGCCAGUCAACGUAGAACGGAAGAGAAGAACUGG